AUGCCAGGGGCCAGGCAUAAGAUCCUGGGCCACGUGCUGUCUGGUUUCUGCCACAAGAUGAACAGACGCAAACCCAUCUACGGGGAUUCCCUGGACACUCCGCUGAAUAGGUGCCUCACCACUUUCGACAUCACUCUAUUGGGUAUCGGCCACAUGGUAGGCGCUGGCAUCUACGUGCUCACGGGCACAGUCGCCAAAAACAUGGCUGGCCCGGCUACCGCCCUCAGCUUCCUCCUUGCCGGCAUCACGUCCACGCUGGCUGCGCUGUGCUACGCCGAGUUCGGUACCAGGAUUCCGCGGGCAGGCAGCGCAUACGCGUACACUUACGUCAGUAUAGGCGAGUUCUGGGCCUUUAUCAUCGGCUGGAAUAUUGUUCUGGAAUAUAUGAUUGGUGCAGCAUCGGUAGCGAGAGCCUCGUCAGGCUACCUGGACGCUUUACUGCACGGAGCGAUCAGCAACGCGACCAUAUCGGUGACGGGAGAACUCCACGAAACUCUUCUUAGUAAAUAUCCGGACAUUCUGGCGUUCCUGAUCUGCAUCAUAGCCUCCCUGAUCCUCGCCGUCGGCGUUAAGACCUCCGCUUACAUUAACAACGGUCUGACCAUUCUGAACCUCAUCGUGAUCUCCCUCGUCAUAUUCCUCGGCUUCUUCUACGCCGACCUGAGCAACUGGUCCGAUCUGCACGGAGGUUUCAUGCCCCACGGGCUGGGCGGAGUUCUCACCGGGGCCGCCACCUGUUUCUACGCUUUCGUCGGCUUCGACAGCAUAUCGGCGUCCAGCGAGGAAGCCAAAGACCCGACACGUUCCAUUCCUACGGCGACCCUUCUCUCUAUGGGUGUGGUUGCGAUAGGAUACAUCCUAGUGGCGCUGUCUCUCACUCUCAUGGUGCCUUACAAUACUAUUAACGUUGACGCCGCUUUGCCUGCGGCCUUCGAAGCCGUUCACGCCGACUGGGCCAAGUAUGCCGUCGCCGUGGGGGCUAUUUGCGGAAUGACAACGACCCUAUUGGGGUCCUUGUUCUCCCUGCCUCGUUGUCUCUACGCGAUGUCCUCGGACGGCCUCUUGUUCGGUUUCCUCAGCGAUAUGAGCAACAAGUCUCAAAUCCCGAUAUCGAACCUAAUCAUAUCAGGUUUCUCUUCGGCGAUCAUAGCUCUGCUAUUCGAUCUUGAGAAGCUCGUCGAGUUUAUGUCGAUUGGGACUUUGUUGGCGUAUACAAUAGUAAGCGCUGCUGUAAUCAUCCUGCGCUACCGGCCCACGCCGCCUUCCGAAGAUAGGGACUUUGGAAUACCACAAUUGGAGUCUCCGGGAGAUCGCGAGGACAGUUCGGCUACGGGAACACCCGGAACUGAUGCGGGGUCUUCGUCAUCCGAGAUGUUUGAAGCCUUAACCGUCGGUCGUCUCCGACCGCAAUACGCGUGGCUCGAGCCCCUGGUGGGGGGCAGAGCUCCCGGAAGCGCCGUCACCAGUUGCGUGUAUGUGUUUACCGUGGCCACGGCCAUCUUGAGCGCCCACAACUUGCUCACCAAGCACAACGUGAUGUGGAUGGUCAUCCCGGACAUCGUGCUCAGUUUAAUUAUUGUAGGAUGUCUUUUCAUCAUCUGGGCCCACCAACAGAGUCCGACCCGUCUCCCCUUCCGCGUGCCGUACGUGCCUCUCCUGCCAGCCGCAAGCGUGAUGCUCAACGUGGAGCUAAUGGUCAACCUCAACGCCCUCACUUGGGCGAGAUUCGCUAUUUGGAUGACUAUUGGACUCCUUCUGUACUUCCUCUACGGCAUACACCACAGCAAACUCGGUGAAGGCGUGACCGGUCUUCUGUCGCGCUCCAACAGUGGGACCCACACCGGCUGGGGUGCCGUGGACAAGACGAGCACUCUCGCGCGGCGCGUCGGACGAUUCGGCCGCGGCAGCCGAAACGACGACCGAAAACCCAUCAUCUGCGACGACGAGCUGGCCAGACGGGAACCGUGA